GAUAGUUUUGUUUGAAAAUCUGAAAUGUUUGAAAAUUUUAAGUAAAGAAAUGCCUAUUGUGGUGCCUAUACCAGAACCUGAAGUUCCAAAUGUACUAGAAGAAUAUGAAGAGAAAGUCCCUCCAAUCGGAACACUUGAUUAUAUUUAUUACUUUAGCAAAGUCGAGGGUCAUCUGCCAACACCUAUUGAAGUAUCAAUCACAGGCUCUAUUCCUUACAAAUGUCCAGAAUUGAAAUGGUACAAUUUCUAUAUAUAUCCACAUAAAAUAAAGAUAACAAACACUGGGUAUACAGUAUUACUAGGAGCUAAAUGGAGGACCGAGAGGCCAUAUCUUGAAGGCGGCCCUCUUUUGGAGAAACAUGUCCUUUCUCAAAUACAUUUUCAUUGGGGACCUAAUUUCAUGAAAGGAAGUGAACAUUCUGUUGAUAAAAGAUUACAUCCUGGGGAAAUGCAGGCAACAUUUUUCAGAUCGGAAUACAUGACGCAAGAAGAAGCCUUGAAACAUCCAGACGGCGUAGUAAUGAUCUGUUAUAUUAUUAAAUACGGAGUUAAAGCUGACGAACGUCUGGAAUGUGUGAUAGAGGGAUUUCCCAGGAUUAAAGAGGCUAAGACGAACACGCGAAUCGGACCUUAUCCUAUGUCACGCAUCAUGCCCAUGUUCUACGAAGAUUAUUUCCUCUAUUGGGGAACUCUGACGACGGUCAAAGGAGAGAACCAUGUAAUACGGUGGAUCGUGCCUAGAGUUAUAUUGUAUGCUUCUACUGAUCAGAUGGAACAGUUCCGUAAGCUUUGGGAUCCAUGGGAUAAUCCUAACAUGGGAAACUUCCGUCCAUUACAAGAUGUAGCCGACAGGCAUGUGUUCUUUAUAAACGCUCAUUGGAAUCAAUACAACUCCCUGUUACCCAUACCUAGGCUGCCGGAAAAAUCAAUAUCUGUCCUCUCCCCUGCAUAUCAAGCUAAUCCAUGGAUGCUGCCGCCACAGAACAGAGUUUCUAUUCCCAACGAAGCUGCAGAAAAUAAUAAAGAUAAUAACAAUAAUAAGGAGAAUAAAGAAAAUAAGGGCAAUAAAUGA